AUGUCUGCUCAGAACUCAGCGGGUAUUCAGACCCUCCUCGAUGCCGAGAGAGAGGCUCAAAAGAUUGUGCAGCAAGCCCGAGAAUACCGCACCAAGCGCAUAAGGGACGCCAAGUCAGAGGCGCAGAAGGAAAUUGAGGAAUACCGUAACUCCAAGGAGGAGGAGUUCAAGAAAUUCGAGGCUGAGCACUCGAGUGGAUUCAAAGUCGCCGAGGAGGCCGCAAACAAGGAGGCCGAGGAGAAGCUGAAGGAGAUCCAGGCCGCCGGCAAGAAGCACGGCGAUAAGGUCGUGGACGACCUCAUCAAGGCCACCACCGAUGUGAAGCCUGAGGUUCCUGAGAAGAUCGCGGUCAAGGCAUAG